AUGAUGAACAAGGAAUCGUUUGGAGCUUGCUUGCUUCUUACGCUUCCAGAAGAUGUGUUUGCUGUUAUUUCUCGUUUUCUUUCUCCAAGCGAUAUUUGCAAUCUAAUCUUGUGCGGCAAAAGUCUGCCUGCCCUUGUCGAUACCGAGAAGAUGUGGCUUGUGCAAUGUGAAGAAGUAAAGGUUCUUCCUUUGUUGGAAAUAGUCCAAUGGCGAAUCGGGAUCUCUUCUUACAAGGCCCUUUGUAGGUUUCUUGUAGAGGUGGUGAAGCCGCUUCUUGGGAUUUGGGUGCAACAAAACCCUGAACUUGGGAAUGUUGUUUAUGUGAUGCCUGGUUUCUUGUCUGUUGUUGGGUGCCGGAUAAUUCCACAAAAGGUUGCUCCUUCGUGGAUUCAAGAGGACCGAGUUAAGUGGUCACCGGUGUUUGAGAUAAUCUGCGGGUUUGAUGGCUCUAACGGGUUUUUCCUCCAUGGAAGAGACAAAGAAGGCAGUUGCUUGUACCCUGGUUUUGUUAUGGGCAUUGAGAAGAGUUGCAAUGUACUUCAGCUCGAUGUUGUGCCGAGGCAAGAGAAGAGUUCGUGCAAUGAGAUUGAGAGAGGAGCCUCAAGAGAGGAGGGAGAGAUUCCAUUUUGGAUGCUCGCUUUUAGUGAUAGAAAAAAUUUGCUCAAUAUUGUGACAAGCCAUGUAAGUCUACAUGUGGUGGAACCAUUAAAUGAAAUGUUAUUUCCCACAUUGAAAUAUGAUGAAGCAAUGCUGGUUGAACGCAGAACCAUUCUCCUUAAAAUGCACAAGUUUGGUGGAAAUUGGAAGAACAUGAAUUUGGAGGAGGAUGAUCAGUUGUGUUACAAUCCCAUGCAAGUAAAAAUAAACGAGAUGUUGGAAAAUCUCGGUGAUGACUAUUUUUUUGAUGAAGAGGAGCUGAUAGAGGUCACACCAACGGAGAACACGAAUGUUUUAGGGGAGUCUAGUUCUUCAAAGAACACAACACCUUCGCAGAGUGAAAUUAGAGUUUCGAAUCGCCAAAGCUUUCUUAGCUCUGGUGAUACAUUCGGUCUUGGUCUCACAGCUUCCUACAGUGAGAUGUCUUAUUAUAAAGGGUGGCCAUACAUGCACUUUCACCACUUUUUACUUUAUAAACUACCAGUUAAGAAAGCCGUCGAUCAAGAAGCGUAUGCUGGUUUGUGGGGAGGAACGAUUGGCUGCCCAGCUGGGAAAUGUCCUAAAGGUAAGACGGAAAAGUCUCUUUACUUACUGAUGCUCACUUAUGAAGAAUCUGAAGAACAUAGUGAGAGAGUUCUCAUUGGGACAAAAAUACUCGAAGGAAAGCGCUAUGUGCGUCAUCCCAAUGGAACUGCAAUGUUUGUUGUAAAGAUCGAUACACCUUCUCUUGAUCCCUUUCCAGUGGAUGCAAAUGAAACACAUUUUGAGAAUUCUUACUCGGGAGAAGGUAUCGCAGAGGGUUAUUCAUUCCGCUAUACAGGUUCUAAACCCGGUUCCCUUUUCGUGAUUACUAAUGAUCUUCUCGCAUUCGUUUGGAAAGAAACCAAAGUUGUGAUUACGUUGCAAAGACUAAACCUUACAGAGAUCUUGAAGAAGGGUUUGGGAUCUUGUGUGCCGCCUUUGCCUCCUUCGAAGAAUUUUACUUAUAUGAGAAGGUCCUUCAUAAACGAGUUUACCAAGUUAUCAACCGAUUCGUCUUACUCUGAAUAA